AUGAUACAAAAUGGUUAUCCAUCGAUUGAUAAUCCGUACAUAUUUAAUGGUGAUUUUGUUGAUCGUGGUUCUCAAUCUAUAGAAGUAUUCGUGAUACUUUGUGCAUUUGUAAUCUUAUAUCCAUCAUCGGUAAUAUUAAAUCGUGGUAAUCAUGAAGAUCAUAUCAUCAACUUACGUUAUGGUUUUGUAAAAGAGUUAAUGACAAAAUAUAAGAGAUCAGCAAAUACAUUGGUGAAGUUGCUGGAAGAUAUCUUUUCAUGGUUACCGCUUGCAACUAUCAUUGAUAAUAAAAUAUUUGUUACACACGGUGGUAUUUCCGAUACAACAGACUUGGACGAACUUAAAAAUUUACUACGAUAUCAAUAUGGAUCAGUGAUUAGGCCAUCACUUUUUUUUGAUGGUAUGCGAAAGAAAAAUGUUGAUGCUAAAAAAUGGAAAUUAAUUUUGGAUAUAUUAUGGAGUGAUCCGAAAGAACAGAAUGGUUGUACGGAAAAUGUUUUCCGCGGCGGUGGUUCAUACUUUGGUCCCGAUGUAACUCAAGCAUUUCUUGAGAAAUAUCAAUUGGAUAUGAUUGUUCGAUCACAUGAAUGCAAAUAUGAAGGAUAUGAAUUAACACACAACGAUAAAUUACUAACGAUAUUUUCGGCAUCAAAUUACUACGAAUAUGGUAGUAAUCGAGGCGCAUAUGUUAAAUUUCUUGGCGCAAAUCAUGAACCGCAUUUUAUACAAUAUCAAGCCACCAAAGCACAUCGACAAGCUGUUAGCGCUAAACAAAGAAUUGAUGCCGUGGAAGAAUCAGCUUUGCAAAAUUUGCGGACACAAUUGGAUGUAUUUAAUAAACAACUUCAAAGUGAAUAUGAACUUUUGGAUCCGUUAAAUACUGGUAAAAUUUCAAUUCAUAAAUGGUGCAAAUGUGUUGAGAGUGUUUCUGGCCUUCAUUUGCCAUGGUAUUCAUUAGCUCCGCGACUUGUUACCAUAACUGAUGAUGGUAAAAAUGUAUUAUACAAACAAAAUGCAUCAACUGUACAAAUUUUCAGUGGUAAUAAGAAAAUCGUACAG